GCAGCUCGUCACCGUUGUCAAGGAAACGGCGCGCGCACGUGACCCCCAUCGUCGCCUGCACGUGCAAGGCCGUUCUUGGCAUGGUUCUUGGCCAUCCUCCACCGCAGCUGCGCAUCUCGGUAACCGUCAUUUGGGUGAGGGUGACAGACGACGGAAAUCUUCGCGUCGUUCGUCCCCAGUCAGCGUCGUCUGCGAAGCAAACAUGGCGGAACUCUACGCAUCUUUCGAGGAUGUUGGCGUAUGUGAGGACGAAGCAACUCGCGUAUUUCGUUCAAACGGUGACGCGUUUGUUGUCCUGUCCGACGAUGCCUUCAUAAGGCACUUGCGGCUGUCCAAAGAAGCAGCUAAAGAGGUCUGCGAAGCUGUCACCGAAGACUUGAAGCGACCGCAGCAAUGGCGAUCCACAACGCUGACGGUUGAACAACGGGUGCUCAUGGCACUACGCUUCUACGCGACCGGGGCCUUUCUUGGUAACAUAGCUCACGAAGAGUACUUCGCCACCACCAAGGGCCCGGUCUCGGAGUCGAUACAUGCCGUCAGCCUGGCUGUCAUAAAAAAUCUGGCCCCCAAGUAUCUGCGCUUCCCGCAAACACCCGAGGAGAAGCUGGCCGUGAAACGUGGAUUCUACGAGAUUGCAGGGCUGCCUGGGUGUCUUGGUGCAGUCGACGGCACAGCCGUUGCAAUCAUAGCGCCCAGCAACAUGGAUCCACGUUUUACUGAUGGCAACUACUACUUCCACAAAGGAUAUCAUGCACUGAAUCUGCUAGGGAUUUGUGAUGCCAAUCGCAGAAUCCUCCACGUAAACGCAAGGUAUCCAGGGAGCUGUCACGACGCUGCUGUCUGGGCUAUAUGCAGGAUACGACAAAGAGCUUCGGUGCUGUUUGAUGACGGUGAAUGGCUGCUAGGAGAUCUUGGCUACCCCCUGGAGCCCUGGUUAAUGACUCCCUUCCGAAAUCCUGCAUCACACAAGGAAACAGCAUAUAACAGGGCUCACAGCAGGACUAGAGUCCGAAUUGAGCAUUGCUUUGGAGUGCUCAAAAUGCGGUUCCGGUGUCUACGGAGGUACCGCACACUUCACUUUGCACCGGACAGAGCCUGCAACAUUAUCACCGGCUGUGCUGUCCUACACAAUAUGUGCAUUGCGUACAACUUGACUGAUCCUGCAGACGAUCCUGAGCCAGCAGCUACAGAAAAUGCCAGUGACACCUUGCCAGUGACAGAAGAUGAAACCAGCGAGGCGGACGGACAGAGCAGUCAAAACAACUCUCUGACAUCGCAGGCGAUGCAUGUGCGCGAGACAAUUGUCGACAGAUAUUUCUAACAGCCUGUCAGAAAAUGUGUGCUUCAUCGCAACUGCUAGUUUCUAUCCUUAAUAUUUUCUUGAUGAGCAGCAUGUCGUUUCUUGCAUAAUUGCUCUUGUAAAGGUCUAAUGCACAGGCUUACGUAACAGUGAUUGCAAAAACAAAUCACGUGGUGUUUUAGGUCAUUCUGGCUGUCCCUUUCAGCAUAAACACAAGGCGUUUACAAGGCAGAAAUAGAGAUGAUGUGAAGUGAGCACCCUUUUGAAUUUAGUAGUGUGACAACAAUCUCCCAUGAACAUAGGUUCCUACAAAUUCCUAUAAACGUGGAACCUUAAUUUUUACAGAGGAAAAAUACAUGCAACUCUACAGGGCAACCUAGUAGACAAAUGUAGCUGGAACUGAACCAGUGGUAAUCAUGUUU